GGCAGGAAGGCGGCUUUGGCGGCUUUGGCGGCGCGUGUGAGGCGGCGGGGCACACGGUGUCGCUGCAGGCUCAGGAACGGCGGCGGCGCGGCGCGGCGGCUCCGCCCCGGUGCGGCGGAGAGCCCGGCUGUGAGCGCGGGGGGAGCGGCCGGGCGCGGGCGGCGGUGCCGGGCAGCGGCGGCGAGCGGCGGCGGUGCCGGGGAGCCGUGCGGGGCCCGUGCGGGUGCCGGCGCUGGCCAUGGGCGUGUGCGUGCCGGCGGCGCUGCGGGUGCUGGUGCUGCAGGCGGCCUGGGCGCUGGGCGGCGGCCAGGUGCGCUACUCGGUGCCGGAGGAAGCCAAGGCCGGCACGGUGGUGGGUCGUCUGGCGCAGGACCUGGGGCUGGAGGCGGGCGAGCUGGAGGCGCGUCGGCUGCGGCUGGUGGCGAAGGGCCGGCGGGCGAGCGUGGAGGUGAGCGGGGCGAGCGGGGCGCUGGUGCUGAGCUCGCGGCUCGACCGCGAGGAGCUGUGCGGCAAGAGCGCGCCGUGCGCCCUGCGCCUGGAGGUGCUGGUGGACCGGCCGCUGCGCGUCUUUCACGUGGAGCUGGAGGUCACCGACAUCAACGACAAUGCCCCGCUCUUCCCCGCCGCCCGCAGAAACCUCAGUGUCGCCGAGUCCUUAACGCUGCCGGGCUCGCGCUUCCCGCUGGAGGGCGCGUCGGACGCAGACAUCGGAGCCAACGCGCAGCUCUCCUACAAACUCAGCCCGAGCGAGCAUUUCACUCUGGACUUGCAGAAAACCGAAGAGGAUGGUGAAUCGUUAUUUCUGGUGGUGUCGAAGGCGCUGGACCGGGAGGCGAUGGCGGUGCACCGGUUGGUGCUGACGGCGAGUGACGGCGGCAGACCGUCGCUGUCGGGCACGAUGGAGCUGGUGAUCUCGGUGCUGGAUGUGAACGACAACGCGCCCGAAUUCAACCAGUCGGUCUAUAAAGUGCAAUUGGUGGAAAAUAGGGAAACGGGAAGUUUAGUGAUGAGAGUGAACGCCACGGAUCGCGAUGAGGGAACGAACAGUGAAAUUUCCUAUGUCCUCCGAAGUAUUUUUCCUGCGGAUGGAGGUGACAUGUUCCGAAUCGACAGGGACAGCGGGGAGAUCAGUCUCAGAGGACACUUGGACUUCGAGGACGUUCGCCUUUAUCGUCUGCAAGUGGAUGCGGAGGACAGGGGAAACCCCUCCCUGAGCGGGCACUGCAAAGUGGUGGUGGAAGUGCUGGACGUGAACGACAACGCGCCGGAGGUGUGGGUGACGUCGCUGUCGGUGCCGGUGCCGGAGGACGCGGCGGUGGGGACGGUGGUGGCGCUGCUGAGCGUGUCGGACCGGGACUCGGGGGCGAACGGCCGGGUGCGGUGCGCGGUGUGGCCGGCGGCGCCGUUCGGGCUGGUGGCGACGUUCGAGGGCUCGUACUCGCUGGUGCUGCGGGAGGCGCUGGACCGGGAGCGGGUGGCGGAGUACGAGGUGGAGGUGCGGGCGGAGGACGGCGGGGCGCCGCCGCUGCGCGCCAGCCGCGGGCUGCGGGUGCCGGUGUCGGACGUGAACGACAACGCGCCGGCGUUCGCGCAGGCCGUGUACACGGUGCUGGCGCGGGAGAACAACGCGGCGGGCGCGGAGCUGGCGCGGCUGUGGGCGCGGGACCCCGACGAGGCGGGCAACGGGCGCGUGAGCUACUCGGUGGCGGAGGGCGGCGCGGGCGCGGGGGCGCGGUCGGCGUCGAGCUACGUGUCGGUGGACGCGGAGAGCGGUCGGCUGUGGGCGCUGCAGCCCUUCGACUACGAGGAGCUGCAGGUGCUGCAGUUCGAGGUGCGCGCGGUGGACGCGGGGCAGCCGGCGCUGUGCGGCAACGCCACGGUGCAGCUCUUCGUCGUGGACGAGAACGACAACGCGCCGGCGCUGCUGCCGCCCGCGGGCGGCGGCGCGGGGCCCUGGGCUGGCGGCGCGGCGUCGGGGCCGUCGUCGUCGUCGUCGGGGCCGUCGUCGUCGGGGUCGUCGCUGUGGGCGUGGGCGGCGUGGGGGUCGCCGGCGGGGCAGGUGGUGGCGAAGAUCCGCGCGGUGGACGCGGACUCGGGCUACAACGCGUGGCUGCGCUACGAGCUGCGGGAGCCGCGGGGCAAGGGCGCGUUCCGCGUGGGGCUGUACAGCGGCGAGGUGAGCACGGCGCGGGCGCUGGAGGAGGCGGACGGCCCGCGGCAGACGCUGGUCAUCGUGGUGCGGGACCACGGCGAGCCGGCGCGCUCGGCCACGGCCACGCUGAGCGUGUCGCUGGGCGAGGGCGCCGAGGCGGCGCUGGCGGCGGCGGCGGGCGCGGGCUCGUCGCUGUCGGGGCUGCGGCCGGCGGCGGGCGCCGAGGGCGGCGCGGCGGCGGCGGCGGCGGCGGCGACGACGACGAACGUGUGGCUGGUGGUGGCCAUCUGCGCGGUGUCGAGCCUGUUCCUGCUGGCGGUGGUGCUGUACGGGGCGUCGCGGUGGGCGCCGCGGGCGGCCGUGCUGUCGGGGCCCGGGCCGGCGACGCUGGUGUGCGCCAGCGAAGUGGGCAGCUGGUCGUACUCGCAGCGCCAGAGCCGGAGCCUGUGCGUGGCGGACGGCGCGGGCAAGAGCGACCUCAUGGUUUUCAGCCCCAACUUCCCGCCGCCCGCCGGCGCCGCGGCGAAGGAGACGCCGCAGGAUCCGCCCGCCCUCCUGGACACGCCAAAACACCCUAAUCCUGACUGGCGUUACUCUGCGUCCCUAAGAGCAGGAAUGCAAAGUGCUGUGCAUAUGGAGGAGGCAGGAGUCUUACGUGGAGGACCAGGAGGGCCUGAUCAGCAGUGGCCAACAAUCUCCAGUGCUACUCCAGAACCUGAGGCAGGAGAGGUGUCCCCCCCAGUGGGAGCUGGUGUGAACAGCAACAGCUGGACCUUUAAAUUUGGACCCGGCAAUCCCAAACAAGGUGGUCCUGGUGAGUUGCCAGACAAAUUCAUUAUCCCAGGAUCUCCUGCAAUCAUCUCCAUCCGGCAGGAGCCACCAAACAGCCAAAUUGACAAAAGUGACUUCAUUACCUUUGGCAAGAAGGAAGAGACCAAGAAAAAGAAGAAAAAGAAGAAGGGAAACAAGACUCAGGAGAAAAAAGAAAAGGGGAACAGCACCACUGAGAACAGUGACCAGUGAGGGGUUUAUACUGAAAGAAUCCACUUAGCCAGUUUUUGUAAUAAUGGCAGAUUUCUCCUAUGUAGCAACUCCCAACUUCUUCCUACUGUUAACAAAUUUCAUGUAUGUACAGACUUCAGAAAAUCAGCAGGAAAUUCACAGUGUCUGUCUAAAUUGCUUAACAGGUUUUGUCUUAAAAGCUUUAUUAAGUCUGGUGUUAACUCUUUUUCUCCACUCUGGCUUGUUUUCAGAAUCUAAAAAGCAGACACAAGUUUCCUUUCUCCUACGCCGAAAAGGAGAAUCUUCACAGUACAGCCAGUGAGAGGUUGGACUCUCUGCACUGUGGUUCCUGUGCUUCUGUCUUGAUGACACUUAUAGACAGGUUUAAAAGUUUUAAUAUUGUGCACCCUAUAUCUGAUUGGAAAUAUUUGUGUGCAGAUGUCAUCUAGGUGAUGUGAGAUCAGAUAAGACGCAAGAAGAGCUGAUAAAUUUGUAACAGAGGAAACACCUAAUGAACAAAAAUGUUCAAAGAUGUUCGGGCUGGGGAGGAAAUGUCUGAAAGGAGAUGACCAGACUUUUCAAAUCUAGAGAAGUAGCUGUGUGGGAAUACCAAAUCCUGUACAUGGCGUAUUGUACACACUCCUGCAAAUCAAAUCUCACAUUUACAGCUCUUUAAGAUAUCAUAAAUUAUAUCUCUUACCAAGCCAUUGGGAAUAUUGUCCCUUAAAGCCCUGCAUUACCCUGGCAAGGCUAGCCCUCAGAGUGUAAGAAGGGCAGGGCUGACAUCCCAGGAAUGUAACUGACUGUGAUGCUCUGUGUCCCUAUUUCCACUCUAACAUUAUUUUGCACAUUAUGUCUCUGAAAAUGUCAGAGGUUUUCCACGACACAUAUGCAAAAGAGAGAGAAAAGAAACAUGUUAACUAUGCUAUUUGUUGUUUGAGAUAUUUAUUUAUAAAGAAAUAUAGCUGUAAAUGUUAAAAAAUAAUGCCCUUUAACCCAAACAGAAGUCGGACUAGAGCCAUUAUAAAUUAAAUUGCUGCUAUUAAAGUGCUUUAGAAAAAUUGCCUGAAACAUCUGUAUUAUAUCGGCCACUUGCCAAUAACAGCUUUAUUCUGUCAGGUCCCUUGAGGGCUGCCUCUUGCAUGUAUUAAUAAAUACAAUUUUUUUUUCAUUAAUAUGCACUUUGAAUACACAUUUGCAAACAAACUGUCCUAAUACGAAGAAACAGAAGCAAACUCCUCACACAAAUGGAUUUACUAACCUGCUAGCUCUGUGCAGUACCUUGGUGUUACCUCCCACACAACCUUUUCUGAUUUUAGUUUUACUUUUAUAUGAGAUUAUGAAUUGCUGACCCUACUAACACUCAUUAUGUAAAAUCAAGUACUGUAUGUAUGCUAUAUGCUCUUAUAAGAAUCCUGAAAUAUUUAUUCUGUGCUUGUGUAUGUGAAUGUCAAUGCAACUAUUACUAGGGUGGACUUUAAGCUUUACUGUUGAAUGUAAAUCCAUUAUUUCUUUUUUGUACACUUGUGAGAAGGUGGAGUAGUGUUAAUUUUUUAAGCCACUGUUGAUUAUCAGUUUUUGUGUAUGAAACACAAGUAAAAUAUCUUUCUUAAAUCAA